AUGUCUGUGAACAACAAAGUUCCUUUGAUGGCCAUAUGCUUUGGGCUGCUGUUGCUUCCUCUUACAGGAAUGGCAGUCCCUGCUGAUAAAGGUAGUAAUGUUGUUUGGUUACAGUGUAAGUCAGACCCAUCACAUUAUUUACGCUCAUUAUGUGGAUCCCACCUUCGCUGUUCUGUAAUGGCCUUUGUCAACCAGAUUUCUUGCAACAAAAAUAGAUCCAGAAAUGACACGUUCACGCUUUGCUCUACAACUAACAGUGAAGUGGAAUUUCCCAAAUACUUAAUGUUUGGUUGUGAUGGUGAUAGUGAUGGAAUGAUUUCUUCAGUUUCACAAAUGGCCACUUCUACUGAAGGCGAAAUCAGGAACUAUUGUCUAUACUCCCAAGAGAUCAAGAAACUCAAACAAGAUGUAUCACCUGACAUUGAAGGAAUCAGUUUGGGAGACAAAACACUAGACAUUGUUGCAGGCGAUGAUUUCGGUUUCAGAUCACAUGCAAAGUCACAAGGCACUAUAGUCAUUGAUGAUUCAGAUUUUGACACCAGACAGACUAUGUUGCCUCAAGAUGUCUACUGGGAACUAGAAGCAAAAAUUGCAAAAGUGGUGGACCCAUUAUUAGACCGUGUUGUUGUUAGCCCGGUCAAAAACUUCAAACUUAGUUAUUUAGUGGAAAGUAUUGAAGAUAUUAGAGUUCCCACCAUUACUAUUCAUUUCAGAGGAGGAGUAGAUGUCAAGUUAAGUGCAAAAGAUACCUUCCUUAUGGUUUCUUCCGAAGUAGCAUGCCUUAAAUUUUACCCAGCUACUUCAAAACAUGAGACCAUUCAUUGGUUGUUCUUGGUUGGAUAUGACUUGCAAAAUAAUAUUGAGUCCUUAAAAUCGAAUGAGUGCCAAAUAAGCUUUGCCUCUAAGUCACCAUUGGGAGCACAAGUUGUUUAA